CUAGUCAGAGCGUAACCGGUUACAACACAGUGUGUUCUGUGGUUUAUUUAUAAGAGACACACGGCAGCCGUGAGUCCGUGCCCAGUGAGAAAACACUGCGCGCCUUUGUGCGAAGCCCGACACUGCCAGCAAAACGGAGGUCUGAAGUGAUCUCCCAGGGGGGACACGGCACACAUACCUUGUCGGCUAGAAUUCUUUCGGGGUUCAGUUUCUCCGGCGUAAGUUUCUAGAAAGUUCACAACUCCUUUCGUAUUCAUAGUCAUAUUUUCCCCCAUGUUGUGAUUUCGUCUAUUUUAAAUUACACUUUUCUACUGAUUUAUGCCGUUGUUAUUGAUGUACUCCCCUGCGUAAUUUGGAUUACUUGUGGAUGCGCUUUCAAACCGCCAAGUUGGACGGCUGCCGCAAACAUCUGGAAACACAAGUAUGGGCAAAAUGGAAGCCUGCUUGUGGACACUGAUGGCGUUGUCGGUACUUGGGAUUCCAGCUGUGCACUCAGCCAAAUGUCCAACAUUUUGCGUGUGUGACGCAGUGACACUGGCGGUUGCCUGCGUCAACAAGAAUUUAACGGAGGUUCCUCUAAUUGAUGAGAUCACAGUGAAGUUGGACCUGAGAGGAAACGACAUCCAAGACCUGCCCACGAAUGCCUUCGUGCACACGCCAUACCUCACCCACCUGUCGCUGCAGCGCAGCAACAUCCGCACUGUGCGAGAGGGCGCGUUCCGCGGCCUGGGUCGCCUUGUCUUCCUGAACCUGGCCAACAACAAUAUUGAGAUUCUCUACCAGGAGUCCUUUGAUGGCCUGUCGUCCCUGAAGCAGCUUUUUCUCGACCGCAACAGGGUGGAGGAGAUCAAACCAGGGGCCUUCUCCCAGCUGGGCUUCCUCAACCUGCUCUCGCUAACCCACAACCAGCUCGUCUAUCUGCCCAAUAUGGUGUUCCAGGGCCUCCAGAACAUCAAAUGGCUGCGCCUCAGUCACAACUCUCUCAACUACCUGGAUCUGGAGUCCUUCGCUGGCCUCUUCACCCUCACCAGGCUCAGUCUAGACAACAACGAGCUCCAGUUUUUCCCAACCGAGACCAUGACCAGGCUUACAGAGGUGACGCGUCUGGAUCUCAGCUACAACCCCAUGACGUAUGUGGGGGAGGAAGGCAUCUCUAUGUCCAAGCUCACCCACCUCUUCCUGGACCACAUGUCGCUACAGGACUUCUCCAACACGGCCGUGCUCCCCUCUAAGAGCCUGAAGCUGCUGGACCUGAGCCACAACCAGCUGCGGGUGCUGCAGCCGCUGGCAGAGGGCUCCCCCAAGCUGACGCGCAUCAACCUGGCCGGCAACCCCCUCUACUGCAGCUGCUACCUGAGACCGCUGCGGGAGUGGGCCCUCAGGGAGAAGGUGCGUCUAGGGGGCACGUGCGGCGGGCCGUCCCACCUGUCAGAUGAGAACCUGGAGGCGGUGAAGCCAGGUGAUUUGCGUUGCCAGAGCAAUGAGGCCAUGCUGAAGGCGGAGCUCGAGGAACAGCUCAGGUACACUCCGCCCACCACCCCGCCCCCAAACAAGCCCAAGUGCCCCGCCGACUGCCACUGCGAGCCUGACAUCUUCCACUCCACCUGUGAGAAUGGCGGCCACAAAAAAAUCCCUCGUGGCUUCGCCUCCAACACCCGCCUGCUGGAUCUCCGCGGCAACCACUUCCACUAUAUCCCUAGCAACAGUUUCCCGGGCGUCCCCGAGGUGGUGUCGCUCCACCUGCAGCGCUGCAAGAUCCACGAGCUGGAGACCGGCGCCUUCAACGGCAUGAAGGGCCUGGUCUAUCUGUACCUGUCUGAGAACGACCUGACCUCGCUCAACCCCGACGCCUUCAAGGGCCUGCCGCGCCUCACCUACCUCCACCUGGAGAAGAACCGCUUUGCCCAGUUCCCCAAGGGCGCGUUCAAGCUCUUACCCGGCCUGCUGGCGCUGCACCUGGAGAACAACGCCAUCGCCAAGCUGGAGCCAGCCAUCUUGGGGGGCGGGGCGGAGAACCUCCGUGGGCUCUUCCUGGCGUCCAACGUCAUCAACGCCGUCUCCCUGAAGGCGUUUGACCCCGCGCCUCACCUAGAUACGCUGCAUCUGGGAUACAAUAAGAUUAAGGAAGUGCCCAGCGAUGCCCUAACAAAGGCCAGCAGCCUGAGUGAGCUCCGCCUCUCUGGGAAUCCAAUUCGCUGGGUGGCCGCAGAGGCGUUUCGGGCCGUGGGCGGAACACUGAAGCAUCUCUAUCUCGACAACAUGGGUCUGGAAAAGAUGUCUAAGGACUCUCUGUCCGGGCUGGGCUCCGGUCUCCAGUCUCUCUUCCUGGAGGGGAACCACAUGGAGGAGGUGCCCGACCUGAGGCCCCUGACUGGCCUGGAGGUCAUAAACCUGGCCGAGAACCCCUUCCACUGCGACUGCCCACUCCUGCCUCUGCGCAAGUUUCUUGACAAGGUCAACCUGAAGGUCAGGGCCACCUGUGCUUAUCCUCCGGAGCUCAAAGAUCAAAAUGUCAAGGAUGUGCACGUCUUCAAGAGCUGCCCAGGUGGCGAGAGGACAUCAUCCUCCUCGUCCUCCACACAGGCCCCCCGCACCUCCAAGCCCCCCAAGGCCACCAAGCCCAAACCCAACCAGCUCAACGGGCCCAAGGUCGUGAGGGUUAAGAAGGCCAAAGGCCCGCCUAACAAGAGGCAGACCAAGUCCACAUCCCAGAGAAAGGCAGGCCACAGCUAAGAAGAAGAAGAAGAAGAAGAAGAGCAGGGGAGGAGGAGGAGGAACACUUCGUGUGUUAGAAUGGAUAGAAGAAAUCUUACCUACUAAGCUUUAAAUAAAGUCCUGACACGAUGAGAAAAUGUGAAAUGUAUACUGUAUUGUCCUAUACCUGGUACAGAAUAGAAGACAGACCAUAAAUGUAUGACAAUGAGGAAAUGUGUUAUGUAGGUUGAGAUUGUACUGCUCCAUGCCUGAGAAGUUUUUUCAGCCCUGAUUAAUGCAGGGUACAUCAACAGCAUGUUUCCCCCCCCCCUCUUGUUACAGCAACUAAGAUGAAGGUACCUGGACCCACACACAUUUUUCCAUUUAUGCCUUUAUUACAUUGCUUUCCAUUAAAAAUAAAUUCAUAUGUGACUGCUAUGAGACCAAUGUUAGGGAUAAGGACAGUGGAUGUACCAGUUAAUUUUGUUUGAUCUUCUAAGGGCAUUAAUGAAAUUGUCAAUUGAUCUGGUUGUGAAUGUUUGCUUGAGAUAGACCACACCACUUCUCGUUUUAUCUGGUAGAAGUGAAAUAAAGAUAUUAUAUAGUUUAGGCCUACAUUCUUUUCUUGCAAUAUAGGAUUUUGUACUUUAUUGCAUUCAUGAAAUCAAUUCUGCCCCCUCUGUCUGUCUCCCGCUCAUACUCUUGACUGUCUUAUCACUAAAGACACAAAAAGGCCCUUAAAAAUGCUCCAGCCUACAGGGGGAGCUGUGGCAGCGAUGGUGACCUAGACAUCUGAGGACUACUGAUUGAGGGCACCAUCUCAGGGGUUCCCAAACUUUACCAAGACCCCCCCCAUAUAUUGAAGUUGAUUUCAGCCAAGGCCUCAGUGACAUGGGCCGUGCUAACUCAAUACAUAGGCUACUUAAAGGGACGUGCAGGAAAUGGUCAAAAAAGGUACUGCAACUAUGCUGCUCAUUGAAACUGGGC